AUGGCGGAUCACUGUUCAAAGCCCGUGGGCAACCACGUUGGCAUUGUCGGCACUGGCGCUUUGGGACUUCUCGCGAUGAAGAAUCUCAAGGAGCAAGGGUUGCAAGUAACCGCUUUUGAGCAGAAUAGUUACCUUGGUGGGUUGUGGCACUUCUCACCCAAGCCAGACCAAGUCACUGCACUGCCAAUGACGUCUUUCAAUACCUCGAAGCAAAUGGCGCAUAUCACGGACUUCCCUUUCGCUGACGAUGAUGCAACACACCCGACUGCAAAGAGCAUCGAACGAUACCUCGAAGCCUACGCAACGGAAUUCGAUCUGCUCCCCCAUAUCAAAUUCUACACAAAAGUCAAUCAAGUCGAAAGAGAUGAUGCCAAUGGCCAAUGGAUUGUCCACACGCACACUACAUAUCCACACGAGGAGAGUGUCAUGCAGAAGCACGUCUUCGACCGUGUCGUUCUAGCCACCGGAAUAGUCAACACGCCCAAUAUUCCUGACAUCAAAGGCAUUGAGAAGUUUGAAGGAGAGGCAAUACACUCCCUGAAAUUCAAAGAUCCGUAUAGAUAUUCGGGCAAGAAUGUUUUGCUUGUCGGCGUUGGGGCUACCAGCGCUGACACGCAGUCCUUCCUCAAGAAGGCCAAUGCUCGCUCGAUCACUAUUAGCCAUCGUAAGCAGUUUUACCUGGUCCCAAAGAUGGUCAAGGGAAACGCCUUUGACCACGGUAUGACGCGGCGAGCACUCACAAUCUUCCGAAGCCUUGGGGAAUGGUGGCCCAGAGGAUGUGCCAUGCUUUUCACAAAGGCUUUGGACAGCGCCCGACAAAAGGCAUACCCUUGGCUCAGCAAGCACCCAUCAUUUCUGGCUCCUCGAGUCCUUGAAAGCGCAGAACAUCGCAUUCCGGUUCUGUCAAAUGAUCUUGCCGAGAACCUGAGAGACGGGAUCACCCGUACUGUUCCUGGUGUGAGUGAAGUCUCUGGACCCAAAUCGGUAACCUUCACAGAUGGUUCAGUUCUGGACGAUAUCGAUGCCAUCAUUAUCUGCACAGGGUAUGAAUACGACUUCUCGCUGAUCAAAGGUAACGGUGACCCCACCAACCCGGCGAAAUCUCCAGAUCACUUUGAGCGCAUCAAUGCAACUCGGUACAAGGAUCCACACGUCCAAUUCGCUCGCCUGUAUCGUGGGUUCCUGUCCGAGGAGUAUCCCGAAUCCCUCGCGUUCAUCGGCCACUUCUUUAUAUUCAAGGCCCCUUUUGUGUUCAACGACCUCGUCACGAUGGCACUGGCCAGUCUCUGGAGCGGAACAGUACCGAUUCCCUCGGACGAGGUGAUGGCACAAGACAUCAACAGACACUACGACACCGUUGUGGAUACCCUCGGACGCGGGCCACUGCCCCAUCUGGGAUUCCGAAUGUUUGGCAGCGACACCUACGCGUGGCUGAAUAAGGUUGCGGGAACCGGGGUGACGGAUCGACUCGGGUGCUUUAGCAAGGAAGCAUGGAAGCUUUGGUGGAAAGAUCGCAAGUUUUACAACUUGCUCAUGGACGGUGCCGAUUCCCCGGCGGUCUACCGGCUUUUCGAGACGGAGCGGGGCCGGAAGGCUUGGCCUGGGGCCCGCGAUCAGAUUCUCAAGACAAACCAGGAGGUCAAGGAAAUGGGCAAGCAAUGGAGGAAGCAAAGUAGCGCAAAGUCGAAGUGA